GCCUGCCAGCGCAGCCACUGCUGCUCCUGCCACUCUGCAGAAGGCGAGGGGGGAGCGAGAGAGCAGGCUGGAGGAGAGGAGGGCGAAGGAGGGCCGGGGGGAGAGGAAGAAAGAGGGGGAGAGAGAGAGAGAGAGAGAGUCCAGGCCCAAAUAAAGCCAUGGGGGCCGGGGCUGGGCCGGGCCCCCUCUUGCUAUAAAUACGCUGGCCGCCUGGAGGUUCGGGUUUGGUGGCUGGGGCUUGGGACCGGUGACCGCCACUGCUGCUGCAGCCUUCCUCAGAGGAGCCUCCUCACCAUCCUCAUCCUGGUCAUCACUCUUCUCCGCAUCCAAGAUGCCCCGGGUGGACGCAGACCUCAAGCUGGACUUUAAAGAUGUCCUCUUCAGACCCAAGAGGAGCAGCCUGAAGAGCCGCUCAGAGGUGGACCUUCAGAGGACCUUCACAUUCCGCAACUCCAAGCACACCUACACCGGCAUCCCCGUCAUCGCAGCCAACAUGGACACCACGGGCACGUUCGAGAUGGCGAAGGUCCUCAGCAAACACACCCUUUUCACUGCUAUUCACAAACACUACUCUGUAGAAGACUGGAAGAACUUCGCUGCUUCUCAUCCCGACUGUUUAGAGCAUGUGGCCGCCAGUUCAGGCAGUGGAAACGCCGACCUGGAGAAGCUGUGCGCCAUCCUGGAAGCCGUCCCCGCCCUCAAGUACAUCUGUCUGGACGUGGCCAACGGCUACUCGGAGUACUUUGUGGAGUUCGUCAAGACCGUCAGAGCGAAGUUCCCCAAACACACCAUCAUGGCCGGUAACGUUGUGACGGGAGAGAUGGUGGAGGAGCUCAUCCUCUCCGGGGCAGACAUCAUCAAAGUGGGCAUCGGACCAGGCUCCGUGUGCACGACGAGGAUUAAGACAGGGGUGGGCUACCCGCAGCUCAGCGCUGUGAUAGAAUGUGCAGACUCCGCCCACGGACUCAAAGGACACAUCAUCUCUGACGGCGGCUGCAGCUGCCCAGGAGACGUGGCCAAGGCCUUUGGUGCCGGGGCCGACUUCGUGAUGAUGGGAGGGAUGCUGGCAGGUCACGACCAGUGCUCCGGAGAGGUCAUCGAGAAGAACGGCAAGAAGUACAAACUCUUCUACGGCAUGAGCUCCGACACGGCCAUGAAGAAAUACGUCGGUGGAGUGGCUGAGUAUCGGGCGUCUGAGGGCAGGACGGUGGAGGUCCCCUACCGAGGAGACGUGGAGAACACCAUCCGGGAUGUGCUGGGCGGUCUCCGCUCCACCUGCACCUACGUGGGCGCCGCCAAACUCAAAGAGCUGAGCAGGAGAACCACCUUCAUCCGGGUCACGCAACAGUCCAGCCAAAUGUUCUCCUCCUAGGAGGGAACGUGCCUCUCAGCACAGGAUCUGAGCUCUGAGCUCCUGAGAGGAAAGAAACUCAAAAGUUCAUCUUGACAUUUCACAGAAAGGCCACUUUACUUUGAUAUAAUCCCACAACAAGUGUUUUUCCAUGCAUACAGAUAUGUAAGAUCCCGUGUUUGCAGAUGGGAAUGUCAUAAUUCAUGUCAUAUUGAGUCUGGAUACAUGUUUUUAAGUUUUGGAGGACUGAAAAAAAAAAGACUGCAAACUACAGGUCAGAGGUAAUAUUAAUAUCCUUGAACUUGUGUAUGGCAGUGGGGAAAUUAGCCUCUUUUUAACAUAUCAAGAAG